GGCGCGGUCCGGACCCCGGCUAUUAGUAGCGGCGCCGAGCGGCGCUCGCCUCAGUGCGGAGCCGGCCGGCGCCUCGCAGCUUCUCGGCACCGCCAUGCAGGGGCUCAGCGCCGCGCCUCCCGCCGCCUUCCUCCUCUUCCUCCCCGUCCUGUGCCUCCUGAGCCCGCUGCGGCCGGCGGGGGCGGCCGCCCCGGCGGGCGGCGAGCGGGAGCUGGGCGCCGGCAGCCGGCUGGCGGCGGGGGCGGCGCGGGCGGCUCUGCACUACCUCAACUUCCAGAGCGGCUCUCCCGCCGCGCUGCGGGCGCUGGGGCAGCUCCGCAAGGCCACCGUCAAGAGCAUCCCAGGCUCUGGGCACAAGUAUUACCUGCAGUUCACUGCUGAGGACUACCAGAGUGGGGCACACGCUGGCAGCUGCCUUGCUACGGUGCUGUACCCAAAGAGAGCAGCUCCCCCCGUGGUCACCAGCAAGUGCUCUCCCACCAAGGACCAGCAGCACCUCCAGGAGGAGGACAACAGACUUUACCAAGCCCUGAGGCACCAAACCAAACCAAUCACUGCGAACAACAUCCCAGACAGCUAUGGCCACAUUGAACCUGCCCUGGAGCCCAUCUGGGCUCUGGCUGUGGCUGGCAGCAGUUACAUCAUGUGGGAGAAGUCAAGGGAGGACUUGGGUUACUCCAUGGCACAAGUCAAGUCUGCCAAGCAGUGGAUAAGGAAAGAUGAACUGAUUGAGUUUGACUACACUGUCCUGCUCCACGAGCUCCCAACACAGGAGAUGAUCUCAUGCCACAUGCGCCUCACUUGGCUGCCUGCUCACCCCCUGAGAGUCAAACACUUCUGUGCCUCAGAGAAUCAGGGGCUGGAGGAUGGCUCUGGAGUGGGCUCUGGAGCAGCUGCUGGGACCCUGCAGGACAGAGCAGUGAGUUCUUAGGAGGGAUUGCUCAGCUUGCUGGCCACAGCUGAAAGGUUCAGAGCCCUCCUGCCGAGCAGCCUGCAGCCUUUCACUGCCUUGGGCCCCCAAAUUCAGCCCCAGACUGCCACAACCUGCAAGAGCUUCUGGGCUCCUACCUGAGAGCUUUGCUGCUGCCCUUACCUAGGCACACACCAGAUGGUCUGAUGCCUCUGCCUUACUCACAGUGACACAGCUGGGAGGCAGAGUUAAUGAAUU